GCGGUGCCGUUACCACCAUGAAGAUACCAGCGGCCCGUUCCUUUCGCCUCCUUCCCAGGGCCUACGGGACGGCGGGGCCCGGGCUCGUUUACCAACAAGGACAGAGCCCCGAACCGCGAAUCCGGGAGUAUUUUUACUACAUCGAUCAUCAGGGGCAGCUUUUCCUGGAUGACACCAAAGUGAAGAAUUUCAUCACUUGCUUCAAAGACGUGGCCUUCCUCAGCUUCUUCUUCAAGCGGCUGGAGCCCAAUCGCAGUGGGCGCUACGAGAGCCACUUCCCCUUCCUGUCACGCUGCGGCCGCGAGCGCAACUUCCUGCGCUGUGAGGACCGACCCCUGGUCUUCACCCAGCUCCUGCCCGGCCCCGCUGCCAGCCAGCUCCUCUCCUACUGCGGCGGCGGCCAGAGCCUGGCGGUGCCCUUCCAGCCGCAGAGCCUGGCAAUGGCACCGGCGAACGGGCGGCUCUACCACCCGGCGCCGGCCAGAGCAGGCGGCGUGGGCCUGGUGCGGUCUGCGCUGGCAGUGGAGUGGAGCUCCUGUUUCCAGUAUGAGCAGGGCCCUGAGCAGCCCCCAACGCAUUUCAACUGGGAGGGGCAGCGGUACCGGCUCACCGGGGAGCUGUUGCCACUGUUGGGUGCUAAUGGAGACGAGGAGACGCUGGCUGUGCCUCUGGCACCACGGCAAGGAUGAGGUGGGGGCAUCCCAAAUGUCACCGGCAGCUUUGUGGUGAGGGGUGGUGGAGAUUGGCACCAGGUCAUGGCAGAAGGGAUGGUGCUGUGGGAUGGAUGCCGGCAUGGUGGGUGCCACCAUGGUGAGGUGGGUUCUGCCAUGGUGGGUGCCACGAUGGUGGGGACAUUGCUGGCAUGGUGGGUGCCACGAUGGUGGGAAGGGUACUGCCAUAGUCGGUGCCACAGUGGUGGGGUGGUGCUGGCACAGUGGAUGCCACCAAGGAGGGCCAGGUACUGCUGAGGCAGGUGAGACAAUGGUUGAGUGCUACCAUGGUGGGGUGGAUGGUGCCCUGAUGAGGUGGACACUGCCCUGCUGGGUGUCAUGAUAAUGGGGCGGUUGCCAUGAUAAUUGGUGCCACAAUGGUGGGGUGGGUGCUUCCCUAGUGGGUGCCACCACAGUGGUGUGAGUGCUGCCAUGGCACCAUGGGUGCCACCACGGUGACCAUAACCCCCAUUAAAGA